AAAAGAGGGCAAGAUGAAGACCAGAUGCCUGGCUCUCUUGCUAGCCUUUCUGCACCUUCAGACCACCUCCAUCACUGGUCAGCUGUACUCUGAGCAGUCCUCCAAUUUCAAUGGCUCUGUGGAUGAACAUGGAAUUUGCACAUGCUCCAUGGUUUUGCCAGACACAUCAUUUCCUGUCGAGAAGGUGGAAAGCUUAGAAAUCACUGCUCAUGCUCUCACAGAGAAAUUUGAGAAAGAACUGACUAAAGUGAAGGAGUAUACCAAAACAAUGCAGUUAUUUGAACAGAGGCUCCUAAAUCUAAGCAUCAGAAUUCAGGUCAUGGAAGAGAACAGCAUUUCUUACAAUAAAUUGGACUUUGAGUUGCUUAAAUUAGAAGUGAGUGAGAUGCAAAAACUGGUUAUAGAAUUGAAAUCCAGUUUUGUUGGAAGCAAUGCCAUUAUUGACCAACUGGAGCUGGAGAUCAGGAAUAUGACUCUCCUGGUACAAGAGUUGGAGUCACUAGACAAAAACAAUAUCCUUGCAAUCCGUCGGGAAAUUGUGGCCCUGAAGAAUAGACUGAAGGAGUGUGAAGAGUUUAGAGGUCAAAACAAUACAUAUCCCUUUAUCCCACCUGGAAGCUGUGGUCAUGGUGGUGUGGUGAACAUCAGCAAACCUUUCAUUGUUCAGCUAAAUUGGAGAGGGGCUUCCUAUAAGUAUGGAGCAUGGGGAAGAGAUUACACCCCACAGCAACCAAACAAAACCCUCUACUGGGUGGCCCCCUUGAACACAGAUGGAAGGUACCUAGAGUAUUAUCAACUUCACAACACUAUGGAAGACUUGCUGCUCUACAAAUAUAUCCAACAGUUUCGAAUUUUAUAUGGAGAAGGCAGUGGUAUGGUCGUCUACAACAACUUCAUGUACUUCAACUUUUAUUCUACAGCUGACAUUGCCAAGCUUGACUUGAAUACCAACACUGUUACUUUAAGACGGACUCUUCCCAAGGCAGUCCACAACAACCGCUUCUCCUAUUCCGGUGUUGCUUGGCAAGAUAUGGACUUUUCUGUGGAUGAAAGUGGGCUGUGGGUUAUCUAUUCAACUGAAUCCAGUGGUGGUAACAUUGUGAUUAGCAAAAUCAAUGACACUUCGCUUGAGGUGCUAAACACUUGGCAAACCACGCAGUAUAAGCCAUCUGUCACCAACACCUUCAUUGUAUGCGGGGUUCUAUAUGCCAUUCGACCUUUGAACACCAAAAAGGAAGAGAUUUUUUACUACUAUGACACAAACACCGGGAGAGAGGGUAGACCGAGCAUCAUCAUGGAUAAAGUGCUAGAGAAAAUACAGAGUGUCAACUACCACCCCCUUGAUCACAAACUCUAUGUCUAUAAUGAUGCAUAUCUCCUGACUUAUGAUCUUAGCUUUCAGAAGGAAUUACAGUUACCUUUAUAGGUAGGAGGAAAAGGGUUAAGUGUAGCUUUUCUUAAAAAAAAAAGUGAAAUGCUCCCAUGUCUCUGUGAACUAUUCACUUACAAUCAAAGUUGAGUUUGCUUAAUGAUAUUUAGAUCACUUUUUACAUCUUCAGAGAUAUUGUAGGGGUUUGAAAUAGCAGUCUUUCCAAUGAAUCUCAUUCUACCUAAUUCAGUAAACAUUUAUUAAGUGCCUCCUGUGUGCCAAACACUGCAAGUUUUUGGUGAUUAAAAAUGGACAAAAAUAAUAGUCCUUUUCCCCAAGAAGCUUGUAUUCUAUUGGGAGAAUCUGAACACAUACACAGAUAAGCAAACUCUCUCUCUCUCUCUCUCUCUCUCUCUCUCUCUCUCUAUAUAUAUAUAUAUAUAUAUAUAUAUAUAUAUAUAUAUAUAUGUACAUACAUACAGCAAUCAACAAUAUUUUCAAGAGAUAGAGAGCAUAAACAAUUAGAGAAUUUGCAAAAGCCUCAUACAGGAGGAGUGCUCCCUGAGCUGUGCUUUGUAUGUCACUGAUACAAGUGUUUCUUUUUUUAAUCAUAAAACUAUUUUAUUAUUUUCCAGUUAUAUGUAGAGAUGGUUUUCAACAUUUGUUUUUAUAAGAUUUCUAGUUCCAAAUUUUUCUCCCUCCCUCUUUCCCUUCUCUCCCUCCUCCUCAAGACAGAAAGUAAUCUGAUAUAGGUUAUAUAGGUACAAUCACAUAAAACAUAUUUCUGCAUGAGUCAUGUGAUACAAGUGUUUCUUAUAUUUCUUUGGCACAGCUAAGAAAAGAUGGAUCUAUAAAUCCCUGGUCCAACCUGGCAAUGGCUUUAACUAAUUCAAGACACUGAAUUUCUUAAAGAUGAAGCACUCAUAACUUACCUUGUGCACAGCAACAGUGUAUGAUAUCAAUGCUUCUGUCCACCAUAGCAGUCACUUAUUCCAGUCAAGCCCUAGUGACCUCUUUCUUCCUUUUUGACACUGAGAGGGAAAGAAAGGAAUCAGAGUCACUUACACCUUUAUUCAAUGUACAUACUUUAUUUCUUCCUCAUUGGGGUGCUUCAAUCAUAAGGCUAGGGAUUUUUGCAGAGAUCCUAUCACAUUCUGAAGCCCAGAUUUAUCUUUGUAUGUGUCCGAUAAGAAGAGUAAUCAUCAAAAUACAAUCCCACCAAAACAAAACAAAACCAAAAACAAAAAAGAAGAGCAAUCAUGUUAAAAAAAAAAAGGGGAGAGUUUCACUAGAACCCAAAGGAUCUGCCUUCACUCUCUUGUGCAAGAAUGGAAUGACACUUGUCCUUCAGGAAGCUCUCUAGUGUUACAGGUGAUGCGGUUCUAACUAGAACGUUUGAGGAAAGCAGUCAUACAGUGCCAGAGAAUUAGGCUAAAUUUCCUUGCUCUGUCAUUGAUUUGUUGGGUUUCCUAGGAAGCGACUCAACUCCUAGAGUAGAAAUAACUUAAUUCCAGAAUUGACAGUUUAAGACCUUAGUAUGGUAGACUCCCUUCAAGAGUAAUUGGCCUAAAUUGGAAAUUAUGGCCAAAGGACUAUAAAACCAUGCAUACUCUCUGACCUAACCACCUGACCACUACCAGGUCGGUACCUUAAAAGAGAUUUGGGGUGAUCACUAUGGGGUGAUGCUCAUCAAUUGGAGAAUAUCUGAACAAAUUGUGAGAUGAGAUUAGGAUGGAACACUAUUGUGCUGUAAGAAAUGAUGAGCAGGGUGCUAUCAGAAGGAUU